AUGAUGCCGGAUGAUCAAAAUGAAUUGCGUAAACUACAACUUAGAGAACUUGCUCUGUUGAAUGGGACACUACGCCCAGAUUGUUCAGCAGAUGAUACUCGUUGCAGUAACUGUGGUUCGGAUCAGCACAAAGCGUCAAUCCAGACAAUAAUCAGUCAAACUCUGAUGAUGCCGGAUGAUCAAAAUGAAUUGCGUAAACUACAACUUAGAGAACUUGCUCUGUUGAAUGGGACACUACGCCCAGAUUGUUCAGCAGAUGAUACUCGUUGCAGUAACUGUGGUUCGGAUCAGCACAAAGCGUCAGUUUUCUUGGAUAUUUCUUAUAUUUUUUUUUCGUUUUUACUUGAAUAUUGUCAGUUUUUGACCUAA